GGGUAACAGGGCGUGGGCUGGCACACUUACUUGCACCAGUGCCCAGAGAGGGGGUGCAGGCUGAGGAGCUGCCCAGAGCACCGCUCACACUCCCAGAGUACCUGAAGUCAGCAUUUCAAUGACAGGUGACAAGGGUCCCCAAAGGCUAAGCGGGUCCAGCUAUGGUUCCAUCUCCAGCCCGACCAGCCCGACCAGCCCAGGGCCACAGCAAGCACCUCCCAGAGAGACCUACCUGAGUGAGAAGAUCCCCAUCCCAGACACAAAACCGGGCACCUUCAGCCUGCGGAAGCUAUGGGCCUUCACGGGGCCUGGCUUCCUCAUGAGCAUUGCUUUCCUGGACCCAGGAAACAUCGAGUCAGAUCUUCAGGCUGGCGCCGUGGCGGGAUUCAAACUUCUCUGGGUGCUGCUCUGGGCCACGGUGUUGGGCUUGCUCUGCCAGCGACUGGCUGCACGUCUGGGCGUGGUGACAGGCAAGGACUUGGGCGAGGUCUGCCAUCUCUACUACCCUAAGGUGCCCCGCACCGUCCUCUGGCUGACCAUCGAGCUAGCCAUUGUGGGCUCCGACAUGCAGGAAGUCAUCGGCACGGCCAUUGCAUUCAAUCUGCUCUCAGCUGGACGAAUCCCACUCUGGGGUGGCGUCCUCAUCACCAUCGUGGACACCUUCUUCUUCCUCUUCCUCGAUAACUACGGGCUGCGGAAGCUGGAAGCUUUUUUUGGACUCCUUAUAACCAUUAUGGCCUUGACCUUUGGCUAUGAGUAUGUGGUGGCGCGUCCUGAGCAGGGAGCGCUUCUUCGGGGCCUGUUCCUGCCCUUGUGCCCGGGCUGCGGCCACCCCGAGCUGCUGCAGGCGGUGGGCAUUGUUGGCGCCAUCAUCAUGCCCCACAACAUCUACCUGCACUCGGCCCUGGUCAAGUCUCGAGAGAUAGACCGGGCCCGCCGAGCGGACAUCAGAGAAGCCAACAUGUACUUCCUGAUUGAGGCCACCAUCGCCCUGUCCGUCUCCUUUAUCAUCAACCUCUUUGUCAUGGCUGUCUUUGGGCAGGCCUUCUACAAGAAAACCAACCAGGCUGCGUUCAACAUCUGUGCCAACAGCAGCCUCCACGACUACGCCAAGAUCUUCCCCAUGAACAACGCCACCGUGGCCGUGGACAUUUACCAGGGGGGCGUGAUCCUGGGCUGCCUGUUCGGCCCCGCGGCCCUCUACAUCUGGGCCAUAGGUCUCCUGGCGGCUGGGCAGAGCUCCACCAUGACGGGCACCUACGCGGGACAGUUCGUGAUGGAGGGCUUCCUGAGGCUGCGGUGGUCACGCUUCGCCCGUGUCCUCCUCACCCGCUCCUGUGCCAUCCUGCCCACGGUGCUCGUGGCUGUCUUCCGGGACCUGAGGGACUUGUCGGGCCUCAAUGAUCUGCUCAACGUGCUGCAGAGCCUGCUGCUCCCGUUCGCCGUGCUGCCCAUCCUCACGUUCACCAGCAUGCCUACCCUCAUGCAGGAGUUUGCCAAUGGCCUGCUGAGCAAGGUCGUCACCUCUUCCAUCAUGGUGCUAGUCUGCGCCAUCAACCUCUACUUCGUGGUCAGCUAUCUGCCCAGCCUGCCCCACCCUGCCUACUUCGGCCUUGCAGCCUUGCUGGCCACAGCCUACCUGGGUCUCAGCACCUACCUGGUCUGGACCUGUUGCCUUGCCCAUGGAGCCACCUUUCUGGCCCACAGCUCCCACCACCACUUCCUGUAUGGGCUCCUUGAAGAGGACCAGAAAGGGGAGACCUCUGGCUAGGCCCACACCCAGGGCCUGGCUGGGAGUGGCAUGGAUGACGUGACUGGCCUGCUGGAUGUGGAGGGGGCGUGUGCAGGCAGCAGGAUGGAGUGGGACAGUUCCUAAGACCAGCCAACCUGGGGGCUUUAGGGACCUGCUGUUUCCUAGCACAGCCAUGUGAUUAACCUCUGGGUCUCAGUGUCCUCAUCUGUAAAAUGGAGACACCACCACCCUUGCCAUGGAGGUUAAGCACUUUAACACAGUGUCUGGCACUUGGGACAAAAACAAACAAACAAACAAACAAAAAACAUUUCAAAAGGUAUUUAUUGAGCACCUGCAGGCGUGACCUGACAGCCCAAGGGUGGGUGGGGUGAGGGCUUGAGGACUUGGGCGGGACACAGGCUCCAAACUGGAGCUUGAAAUAGCGUCUGAUGAAUGUUAAAUUAUCUAUCUAUUUAUUUAUUUGAGACAGGGAAAGGGUCUCCCUCUGUUGCCCAGGCUGGAGUGCAGUGGCGCAAUCUUGACUCAUUGCAACCUCCACCUUCUGGGUUCAAGCGAUUCUCUUUAUUCAGCCCCGGGAGUGGCGCGCGCCACCACGCCCAGCUAAUCUGUGUAUUUUCAACAGAGACGGGGUUUGCCAUGCUGGCCAGGCUGGUCUCGAACUGCUGGAUUCAAGUGAUCCGCCCAUCUCCGCCUCCCAAAGUGCUGGGAAUUACAGGCGUGAGCCACCAAACCCGGCCUGAUUAAAGUUAAAUAAAUACUAGUUCCCUUCUCGUCCAAAGGAGCAGGGAAUGGGAACCGGGAAGGCACGAAGUCUCUAAAGCAUCCAGAAGACCCCUACACCAGGGUCUGGUCCGCUCCUAUUCGCCGCAGCCUUUCUGUUCCGCCUGCAACCCAUUUUCCAGACAGUACAACGGCGGCGCACUUCUUUCUCCGUCAGGCACCAGGUCAUAAGGAACCCAAGAGUCUGUGCCUCUGAGGCCCAAAUUAUUUGCUGUUUCCUCAGGGGAGCCGGCGGCCGCGACUCCCACGCCGCGCCGUUACCGCUCCCUCUCUGCUGACUGCUCCCCCUAGGGGCAGAGACGGUCCUGACGCCCGCCACCCGCGCCGGCCUUACCCCUCCCCGCCAGGCGGAACGACGCGGGGAGGCGGGCGCUCGGGGCUCGCGCCCAGGGGCCCCAGAAUCCUUCGGGGAGAGUGGGUGGGAGGAAGCUGUGUGGGCGGGGAGCCCCCUCUGCCUUAGGGAGCGGCUGGGCACCCCUUCGCCCCAUUCAGGGGCUGCACUUUAUAGACGUUCCCUAGGCUGUUUCUAGGCUCCCCCAAGUCCCUCCUCCAGCCUCGUCGGGUCCCUCAGACCCCAGCCCAGGACCUGCGGAGGGCCGCAGUGAGGAGAGGCCAACGGGCCUUUCCCCAGAGUUGAACCUGAGCCGGGUGUUGCACCUGGAAGAACCCCCGAUUUCCUGGGGACCCAGCAGGGCAGGCGGCCUGGCUCCGCGCUCAGGUCCGGACGCUUGUUUAUGAGAAGAAUUUCCUCUUUCUUAAAAGGGCAACGAUGCGAGUGGGUCCCUCAAGGAGAGAAGGGAUGGGACCGGUCUGGUGCGACCUGGGCAAGCACUGCAGAGGGUACCUGGGCAAGAGGGCCGCCCGCCUCCUCUGGGUUUGGCACUGGAGAAGAUGGGUCCAUGCCAGCUGAAGGAGGAGAUGGAUGGGGGACGUGUAGCGAAGAAAGGCAUCUCCCAGAUCCUUUAGCCUCCUGGAAGUGCCCCCGUUGUACCCCCUACACACCCCUCUUGGCAUUGAGUGCCAGUCCUCUGCCAGGCUCUGUGUUACAAGUUGGGGAGGGCGGCAAAGUCCCGAAUUAAAGAUGUCAGUUCUCAAGGACCCCACACUCCAGCAGCGGGAGACAGCUGUGCAAACAAGUCACUGUGGCAGGAUGCGGUGAAGGGCGCUGCCCGUGACGCCAGCCAGGAAAGGGGACUGAAUCUUGAAGGGGGGUCGGCGGUAGGGGGGAGUGUUGACAGGACAGUCCAGGAGGAAUGAGAGUGCCAGGAGCAUGGGGGCACGUGUGUGCACAUCUGCCAAGACCUGAAGCUUUCUGGGGACGUCUUAGAUCUUGUGGGGCAGGACGGGGGACGGCAGAGUAAUGGGCAGGUUGGUCAAGAAGACACGGAGAGCCGGCUAAGGGGCUACCCAGGACCUGAGCAAAGGGCUAGUGAUGAGGUCGCGCCAAGGUCAGUCAUUUGGACACUGGAAGGCGUCUACUUAGAGCUGCCCCCAUUCCCCCCACAGUGGCUCUGGUUCUUCCAGCCUGGCCUCAAAUCGACCCUCCAGGAAGAGGGGUGCAGAGUUGCUCUUCUGGAAGCUCCCUUCAGGCCUCUCAGGGAGGGCGUGGUCGCACUCGGCACUCCCCAAGAGCCUGCUGAAUGCAUCCCGACUUUCUGCACGGCUCCCCCCCUCCCCCUGGGUGGGGCUUUUACCAGCCCUCUUUGGCAGAUGGGGAAGCUGAGGGAUUGUGUUGGAAGAGACGCUUCCAAAUCCACAGGUGCCAGACAGCACCUUGCUGAAUCCCGUUCCUGCCCCUCCCCGUUUCUGACUUGUGGCCCCCAUGAUUUUAUUUUUCCUGGGGUGUGAAUGAUAAAACAGACAAAAAAUAGAGUGCAUAAAGCGACCUCCACCUGUAGAGAUAGAGGGCAGCUGGGUGUAGACAACCCCUACAGUGAGGACACUCGAAGGACCCCCCUCCCCCCACGCAAUCCUGGCCUCUCGACUCACUCUGUAACUAACUACCCGCCCCAGGUGUGGGGAGAGAAGUCCAGGGCUCCAGGCAGAAGGCGCGGCUACCUCUGCCGCUUUGGGAGCCUGGGAGGAGGAGUUAGGUCUCCCUGGGAAGAGAACUGCACGGGCAACGGCUUGAAGUGGCGAUAAGAUGGGGUGGAGAAGGUGGGGGAUUCCUGAGGAAUCCUGUGAACUCAGGAUGGCGCGUCUGGGAAUGGUGGGUGUGGGGACAGCCGGCCAGGUUCCAGCCCCCUUCACAGAGGGAGAGGAAGGCGCGCCACCCAACCCAGGCCAAGGGCGAAGCCACGACUCCACUCAGUCCCUCGCCACACGCUUCCUUUUGGGGUCAUGAGGGCCCCGCAUCCGGAGAUAAAGCCGAGGCCCCACCCAGGGGGCCGGACCGCAGGGGAGACAGAUGUCCCGCUCCCAGGCUGCCGCCUUUGCCCUUGCCGGUAGACCCGAGGCACGUCGCUUCCUUUCUUGAAGCUCAGUUUCCUCAUCUGUGAAAUGGGUUAAGAAGGAGGCCGUUCUAAGGGGGGACCAGAAGUCAGCAGCUUCCCAGAAGCCCCGAAGCCGGGGCAUCCUCCACUCACUCUUCUGCUGUGUCUGCCGGGAUGAUGGGGAGGCCCUGCCUG